CUAUAAAAGUACAUAAUAUAGGGUAUAAUUAUUAAAUAUAGAUAGAUACUUAUUAUUAUAGUUGUUGAAAAAUAUUUGAUUACCUAUUAACUUUUAACAAAAUAGUGUAACAACUGUAAUUUUACUUAGGUAGUAAUUUCAAUCGUCAAUCACAAUCAUUAAUUAGUUUGUAUUAGCUAAAACAAUCGUUCUGCAGCUAUCAUUGUACGCAAAUUAUAAUAAUUAUAAUAUAUCAUAUUGGAAUUCCUGAUUAAAAUGGAACUAACAGAAGAUCAGAGAAAACGUAUAGAAGAAAAUAGAAAAAAAGCAUUGUUAAUAAGACAAGAAAAAUCGAAAGCUAGAUCAACUGCACAACCUUACCAAAAGCCCAUAGUAUCAAAUAAAGAUAAAAGUCAUCAAAUCACAGUUGCUGGCCAAUCAUAUGUAGACACUGAAGCUGGAUUUUUGCUUAACGAGGAUGAUCUAUCAGAUAAAAAUAAACCGAUAAUAUUAGCAUCAACACCUAAUCCAAUAUUAUCAAAAGCUGAACAGCCUGUAUGCCUUGAAUGUAAUCAUGAAUUUGGUAUUUCUUACUUGAUGACAAAUUUUGAUCAUCCUGUCUGUGAUAGAUGCAAGGAUAAGUUUGGAAAAGAAAAAUUUGAUUUAAUUACCAAGACAGAAGCUAAAAAAGAAUAUUUAUUAAAAGAUUGUGAUAUUGAUUUACGUUCACCUCCACUUAGGUUUAUUCUUGGCAAAAAUCCACACAAUUCCAGAUGGGGUGAAAUGAAAUUAUAUCUUUUACUUCAAGUAGAAAAAAGGGCAUUAGAAGUUUGGGGUUCUGAAGAAGAAGUAGAACGACAAAUUGAACUAAGACAAGAAAAGCAAAAGGCUUCAAAGUUAAAAACAUUCAAAAAAAAAGUUAAAGAAUUAAGAAUGUCAACAAGAAGUAGUUUAUACACUAAAGUCACAAAAGCUUCUCAUCAACAUGAAUAUGAUACAGAGAUAUACAAUGAAGAAGAUAAUUAUGAACGUACUUGUACUUCUUGUGGAUUUCAUGAAAUUUUUGAAAAAAUGUAAAUAAUAUCAAAUAAGAAUAAAAAUGUACAGAACUACCAAUAUUAUAUUUAAAAAUUAUUAUUUUUGUAAAUUAUUAAAUCUUAUUAUAGUAUGUCUUGAAUUUAAGCUUUCCAAUAUUGAGAAGCUUAAAAAUUAAAAAAAAUUAUGUACCUAUAAUAAAAUAUAAUUUUGAUUUUUUGUAAAUUAAUUUAAACUAUAUAUGUAUACAAUUUAGUAUAAAUAUAAGCGAUACUUUCA